UGCAGGAACAUAUUUAAUGCGAGCGGUUAUCUUUUAGUGAUGCCGUCCAUCCUGCAGAUCUACUCCAACAAUCUGUCCAACACACUGGUCACCUCCAGUAUAGAGUUCCUCGUUAAACAGCUUUAUAUUCUACACAGAAAACCCUUCCUUCUGCAGAUGUUUGGAUCAAUAGCAAACAGUUUAGAGAGCAAAGAUUUGUCAGAUCCUUUCAAGGUUCAUCCUCGAGGUUUAUAUCAGCUAGUUCAGAGUCUAGAAAGACCAGCCAAUGAUAUUCUACAGGUGAUGGAACUGGUAAAGAUGAAGAAACCCUUGAGUUCCCUAGAUUUCUGCUACAAUGGUGAGGGAGAAUCCAUCAAUGUUCAGGAGUGUAUCUCUAUAUGUGGGAUGGUGGCAGCGUAUGAUUCUGGAACUACAAGGGCGAAUGAAAUGUUGACAGUUUUGGAUGCACUAAUACCGAUUUUUCUUAAAAAUGUUCUAAAAGAUAGAAAAGCUGAGAUGAAAGAUAUCAGAGAGAUAAUUCAUCAGCUGUCUCAUACAAUGAAAACUAUCAUUCAUAACAGUGAUAAACUUGCACAAAUGUAUACGGGUCCAAUGAGGAAUGAAGAAAUGAGGUCAACCUCCCAGCAUUAUCAAGGAAAGGCCCCGUACUCGCCAGUUAUCGAGAUUGACGAUGAUUCUCACUCGAAAUUUAUUGGAGAUUCGAUAAGGGGAAAACCAUACCCUGAGGAAGGAGAAGAUUCAGAGACAAAAAGAGAAAACUUUAGAUAUCCGCGGAAUUGUCUGCUGAAUUUCUCCGCGGAUUUUCUCUCUUCCUGUUCUGCUAAACUAAACGAAAUCAACAAAAAAUCUGCACAGGAGAAGACCAUAGAAUUGGUUGAUAUUAAGUGCUAUAUUCGUCUUAACGAGGUGGCAUCAAGUAUGAUUAAAAUGGCACCAUACGACCAGGAAACUCUACAAAGUCCUGGGUUACACAAGUACAUGAAGCUAGUUCUACCCAACACUGACUGGUCUGGGGUAUCCAUGAAACCCGUUAUAACCAGUUUUCUCCGGCGCCUGGACAAGAUGGUGGCUAAAAUUCAUAAAAAUCAACGGAUUUACGUCUCUAUUGACUGGAAAGCAGUUUCCAUUAUUUUAUCAGGUGUUUAUGAAACAGUUUGGAACUACCCUCAUGUAAUAGUCAGCCUGCCUAACUUCAAGAAUUUGGUGACAACCUGUCAAAAUCUAGUUCUAGGAGAAGAUCAAGAUUCAACUGUAUCCAACUAUAGGAGAGCAAUCCUACCCUCCCAGGAUUUCUGCAGUGUUGUGUUUAAGCUGAUAUCUCUUCAGGUUCUAGCUCUAGGAGAAGCUUGGACCUUAGAACAACGUCUUCAGUCUGACAGUUUUAGUUCUAGCAAUGUACAGAUUGUACAACAAGAAAGAAAGAACGAUAUCUUGUAUUCUUUAAACCUUAUUCUGGGUUUAAUUCAGAGCAAAGAUGCUAAUCCUGCAUACAAGGGUAAGUUCAAGCAGGCUCCCAUCAACGUAAAAGUUGGAUUUUUAGGGUUAAGAGUUCUGAUCACGUGCUACAGUGAUUACCUGGCCGGAGAGUGGCACAGGAUUGCUAGAACUAUCAGGAACGUGUAUCUCUAUGUUCAUUAA